CGCUGUGGGCCGCACCCAGAGCGUGAUGACAUCAUAGUGCCGUCGCUGCUCAGGCUGUUGUCGAAACUCGGGAGAGGCUACGAGUGGGAGCUGAGCUGAGGGCUUGAAGUUGCACCAUUGAACACUUGAGAUUCGCCGAGGAACAGGAUGGCACUACGCAUUUGGCUGCUGGGAAUUACAGGAAUUCUUUGUGGAUUGACCCUUCGAGCCGGAGGAGCUACUUCAGAAUCUAUUCCCAGUUGCAAUUCCAGCUCUAAUGUAAAUUGUGCGGAAUGUCUGAGGAACGUUUCGUGUUUAUGGUGCAAUUCCAACAAGAAAUGUUUUGACUACCCAGUGAAGAAGAUCCUGCCACCAAAAAGUCUCUGUCCACUGUCUGAUGCACGAUGGGGAGUCUGCUGGGUGAACUUCGAAGCUUUGAUCAUUGCCAUGUCGGUAGUUGGGGGAGUUCUGAUCUUGUCCGUAUGUGUCUGCUGUUGCUGUUGCUGCUGCAGGAGGCGGAAGAGCAAGCAGCAUGAUGGUGUAGAUCAGAAACUGGAAAGAGAAAAAGAACAAAGGAGAAUGCGGCAAGAAGAAAGGAAAAGUGAAAUGAAGAUUCGGCAUGAUGAGAUCAGAAAGAAGUAUGGUCUCUUCAAUGAACCAAAUUCUUACACCAGAUUUGAAAACAACUAAAGCAAGAAAAUGCAGACAGUUCUAUUCCAAAAGAUUCCAAAUGAAUAGUGUUUCAAUAGCGCAAUGUCUUUUUAUGUACAGUACUUACUAACCUCUCCUAAAAAUUUAGAGGAAGUGUAAUCAAACUAUCCAAGUUUACAGUUUUAUUCACUGGGGAAGGAGAACUAAUAAUUUUUAAUUGUCAAAUUCUGGACAAGAUACUGUUUAAUCCUGUCAGCAAAAGUGUAAUUCUGUGUUUCUGGUAUUUGCAUUGGCAAUUACUGGUACCAGCAGUGAAAUGUGUUGAAGAUGGACCAAACUACUGGUGGCCGGUUUUCUGAAUUCCCUAAUGCAAUUUUCCAUAUUUAGAAUGACUUCAAAAUAUUAUAGAUUCAAAUCAUUUUAAUUGCAAUUUUCCAGCAGGAUAUUUGUCUAAUCUCAGAGCCAAACCUGUGCCUUCUCCCUCUAUUCCAUUUUGUCCUGUGAAUGGAUUAGAGACACUUUUUUUUAUUUUGGCUCCACCUGAUUUUAUACAGACAGGUUGAAUGAAGCCCUUUUUAUACCAACACCUGCAAACCAAAGAGUGAAGAAGAUGGAAGAUUCCCAAACGGCUUUGAGAAAGGGGGUGGAGCAAAGAACGGGGAAUCAAGCUCUGUGCCUCUCUGUUUAAUAGAAUAUCAUCUGUGCUCUUAAUGGUCAUGUUUGUAAAUUUUCUAUUGCCUUGCACCCUGUAGACUGAUCAAUAUGCAUUAAUAGGUCAUAGUCCACUCAUAUUGCUUAUUGUGUGGAAAAGCUGCAAAAAAAUUUUUAACUGCUGAACUGUAUUAAAAAUAAAGAACAAAAACACUGGGAGUUGAA